AUGAGAAAGGUUUCUAUUAAAUUUAUUAAUUCAAGAUUAUAUUAUAGUAGAAGGUACUUAUCAAGAAAUCAAUUUUAUUCAUUUUUCUCAUGUAAUAAAAAUGAACAGCGACCUAUAAAAAGUAAGAAUGAUGAUUUUUUAAUAGAUGAGUCUUAUAAUAAUGUAGAAUUCGAUGAAUAUAUAUCACCAUCCUUUAGUUUCGAUAUUAAUAUAGAUGAUGAUAAAUGGAAAAAAAAAGAAGAAAUUGAAUAUAAUAAAUUUAUUGAAAAAACAAAAAAGGAUUCAAUAAAUCCUUCCACUUUUUUUAACACACAAAAAAUGACAAAGCAUAUCAAGAACACAUCAGGAAAUAGUAAUUAUGAAAAAUUACAAAUUCAUAAUAAACAUAUAGAUAAUAAUAUAUCAUCAAAUGUUGUAACAUCUAACAACUCAACACCUCAUAAUGUAGAAACUUUUUAUGAAAAAGAAAACAUUUACGAGGAUGAUAUAAACAUCUUUUUGAAAAAUUCAAGUGAUGAUAUAACCUUACAAGAUGGUGGCAUUAUUAAAAAAUUAAUUUAUCUUGAUAGUAAUUAUAAAAGUUUGCAUUAUGAAAAUAAAAAAAUAGGUGCAUAUUUAAAUUCUAUUUUGGAUUUGCUAGAAAGGGGUUCUACAGACACACAUAAGGAUGGUGUAGUAAAAACAAGAAGGGGAAAUGAAGAAAAUGAAGAAAAUGGAAAAAAUGAAGAAAAUGGAAAAAAUGAAAAAAAUGAAGAAAAUGGAAAAAAUGAAAAAAAUGAAGAAAAUGGAAAAAAUGAAAAAAAUGAAAAAAAUGAAGAAAAUGGAAAAAAUGGAAAAAAUGGAAAAAAUGAAAAAAAUGAAGAAAAUGGAAAAAAUGAACAAAAUGAAGAAGAUAAAGUAGAUAAAGAAUAUGAAGCAGAUAUACUAUAUAAAGAUAAUAAAGAAAGAACAGAAACCCCAAACGAAAGAGUAGGAGGAGGACAUAUCCAAUAUUUGCAGGGUCAUAUAUUCAACAACAUUUAUGAAGACCCUUUUUCCCUUAAUAAUCUUAAGUAUCAAAAACUUGUUACUAAUUUUACAAAGUUUGCAGGUUAUUAUACAAAUACAUUCUUCAAGUUAAUUGUAGAGAAUAUCCAAUCUUUGACAUAUAAUAAUUUAGUGUUUACAUUAAAUCUUCUUGAUCAUUUAAAUAUGAAAAACAUGAUGAGAGAUUUAUCAUAUGAAGUAAUUAAAAUGUUAAAUAAAAAGAAAAAAAGUGAUCAAGAGGAUAUAUUACAAAAUGCUAAUAUAAAUAAAAAAGAAAAUAAGAAAAUAAAUGAUAUAGAAAAUAAUAUAAAAUUAUGUGUACAUUAUAUUAAUAUUUUAAAUUUUCAUUCUUUGUACUUUUGUGAGUUUUAUGAUUAUUUAAUAGAAUAUAUUAAUAAUAUGAAAAAUGAUGUGUUAUGCUUUUUUACUUUACAGUGUUUUACACAUAGUUUAAGGACUAAGCAUUAUUUAGAUAAGAUAUAUUUCUUAUGUUUAAAAAAAAUACACGAAUUCAAUUAUGAAGAAUUAAAAUGUAUGAUUUAUUGUUUUCAUCGUUUUUGUAAAGAAUAUUCAAAAUUUUAUGAUCUUUCUAUAGAUAUAAUUAAAAACAAAUAUAUACACUUAUUAAACAUGAAUUUAAAUUUUGUUCAGCUCUUAUUAAAAAUAACUAACGCUUUUAAUAAAAAUGAUAAGUAUGUUGAACUUAAAGGCUUGAUAGCGGAAAAAAUCAUAAUGCGUGUGGGAAAUAUACAAAGGGAAGAAAAAAAAAAAAAAGGUCAAUAUCUAAAUAAUUCGACAAAUGUAAAUACAUCUGUUGAUAUGUGGACUAAUGUUGAAAGACAUAAGAAGAAGGAGAGCUCCUCUAGAAUGUGCGCACCUUAUGAUACGACAUAUUUGGGAGCAAAUAGCUGUGUUAGUAAGGUGUUUAUGGAAAACUCAGUUCAUAAUACUAUAUAUGAAGAUAAUAUAAUAAAAAUAAUACAGUGUCUGAAAUAUUUGGAAUAUAAUAAAAAGAACAGUGAACAUGUAAAAACUUGUGUAAAUAAAAUAUAUGAAAUGAUAAAUGAAAAUAUGGAAUGUUUAGAAAAAUUAGAUAUAGAAGAUAUAGUAUAUAGUAUUGUAUGUUUCAGUACAUAUAAUAAAAGAUUAAUAUUAUAUAAUAAUUUUUUAGAUAUUAUAUAUGAGAAAAGUAAUGAAUUGAUGAAUGCAAAAAAUAUAUGUUUGUGGAUAUAUCCUAUAUUAAGUUUAUGUAAAAUAUCUUGGUAUCAUCGAAAUUACAUAGAACUAUUAUUUGGAUAUAUUAAAGAUAAUUAUAUAUUAAAUAGAUUAAGUGUAUUUCAAGUAUUAAAAUUGUUAUCGUCUAUCGUUAAAAUGAAUAUAUAUGAUGAAGAGGUAUAUAAAAUAUUGAUUGAAAAAUUAUAUAAAGAAUGGGAUAUAAUAAAGAAGAAAUUGAUUGAUAUAUCUACUUUUUUAUGGUGUUGUGCAUAUAUAAAUAUAAUAUAUAAACCAUUAUUUGACAGUGCAUAUAAUUUAAUUAUAGAUCUAAUAAAUAAAGAUAAUGUUCCUAUUAUUAAUAAUGUUAUGUAUAAAAAUUGUUUUGUUAAUAUUACAUGGUCUUUUAUAGUAGCUAAUUAUCAUAAAACACACACAAAUUUUGAUCAAAUAUUAAAUAUUACAUUUCUUAAGAGAAAUCCAAAUGAAAAUGAAGCAUUUAAAAGAUUACACCAAAUAUCUGAUUCUUGCUUUAAAGAAAUACCAAAAACAUUAAUUAACAUAACAUGUUUAGAUACACUUUAUGCAUAUUGUACUCAUGAAAAAUGUAAACUCUUAAGAAAUAAUUUUAUCAUUUAUAAAAAAGAAAAAGAUGCUGUCAAAAUGAAAAAUAAAAUCCAUGAUGAAUUAAUUAAUCUUUUAAAAAACUCUUUUCAUAUAUCCUUUGAUCAAUAUGUAGAACCUUAUCAUAAUUCUCCAUAUAUCAUAGAUAUUUGUCUUAAUCAAACUUCUAAAAUAGGUGUAUCAAUUUUUGGAAAGGAGUAUUUAAUGAGGACCUUAAAAAAAUCUUCUUGGGAUUUUAUGAAUACUGGAAUUGUUACCUUACAAAUGAGAAUCUUGCACGCCCAUGGAUGGAAGAUCAUUCCGAUUAACGCUGGUGAAUGGCUACAACUCAAUUUUGAUCAGAAAAAAAAUCUCCUCUCGGAAUAUUUCAAACAAUAUUCUAUACAAAUAUGA